GGUCCGCGUGGCCACAACACGAUCGUGGGGCCAAAAAUAGCGAACGAGCUGUGUGUGCGAGCGUGUGGCGAAGCGCCAGAGAGAGAGAGAGAUAGGGAUAGUAAAGCUGGGAAACGAAAUGUAAUUUAAAGCGAAUAGAAAAUGUGCGAAGGUCCUUGCAAUUGAAUGUUAGUUCGGGUUUAGUUUCUUUUGUGCAGUCGAAUUAUGAGUCCGAGAAUUCCAAGAAUGCAACGCGUCAAAAUCCCAGCCGUCUAGAGCGUUUGUUUUUUUUCUAUUCGAAUUCAAAGUGUAACGGUCACUCGGCGCAGCGACACUGCGGCUGUCAAACUCUGUCUCUCUCUCUCGAAUCGUGCUGCGUUUGGUGGCACGGUCACUCGGUCGGUCGCGGUCCGGAAGUCCGUCCGUUCGUUGACACUUAACUCCUUCCGUAGCGUGUUUACGUGCCGAGGUCCUGCCGCCAUCGCUCCAGUUUGAACGCGUGCGCAUCCUCACGCACGCUCGCUCGCUCGCUCGCUCGCUCGGCCGCUGUUGCGUGCUCACUCGCGCGCGCCCCUAUCCCAUGUAUCAUCAACAUUGCGGCGAGCCAGCAACCAGCACCGUCGUCAGCACCUUGGCUCGUUGUCGUCGUCCUGGUCGUCGUCGCCCUCGGUUAUUGAUUGGUGACCGUGUCGUGUCCGUGCCCUAGCCCGUCGUCCGUGAAACGUCCGUGCUCAGCGAAACGCAACUCAGCGUGUGACGAUUGUCGCGUGUGGGCCAAGUAAUUACCAGCCGUGGCUAGUGGCCGUGCCAGACCCAGGCACGCCCGUCUGCAAUCGACCGCCUUUCGGCGCGCGUGUGUUUGUGUGUUACGAUAGAAGCCCCAGAAGCGCUUCCCAAUCGAAUCGAAAUCAAAGUGCUGGGAGAGCGCAGUGAAGUCCAAUGAUUGCAUAGAGCAACGCCAAAUCCAGUGAACAGUGUCCCUGCAAAACUCGAAGCCGAACCGAAUCAGCCCAAGCUGAUUCCUCCCCGAUUCACGUCCGAACCGUCACCAGCAAAAGCCGUCAAAAUUACGCACAACACGCAAAAGAUGUCCUCGCUGGUGCUGAGGAGCCUCUCGAUACUGCUCGGGUUGUUCUUCAUCUUCAUCGGCAUCAUGAAAAUAUCGCCCCACAUCAGCAAGGAUCUGCACCGGGACUUGCGAAAGAACUACGUGAAGUACGCGAAAGUAUUUCCCCUCUCGACGCUGCUGGAGUUUAAAAUACCCUCGAAAUGGUACCGCCGGUCGGUCGGCGGUCUGGAGGUGCUGUGCGGGCUGGCCAUGGUGCUUAUUCCCAGCCACAAAGUAAAGAACGCUGCCAACAUUACGCUGCUGCUGCUGAUGUUCCUGGCCGUGUACUCGCACUACAUGGUGAGCGAUCCGUUCGAGCGGUCCGGCCCAGCGCUGGUGUUCACCUUCAUGCUCAUCGGUCGGCUAGUGAUAUGGUUCCAGGCAAGCCGACGGGAAGCAGCUCUGGCAGCCGCCGGUCAGCCCACUGCCAACGGCUUGAAGCAGGAGUAAGGCGGCUCCCGUACAUGAGUGGUCGUCCUCAUCCUGUCCCGUGGCUCACUGAUGAUCUCACAGCUCCUGCUAAUCAUUUCUCAACGGAAACGGAAACGGCUGCUCAACGCAAGGAUGGCCUCUUCUUACAGCUUAGCAGAACAGCGGAAGGCCAACAUUUUCUCCUCCAUUGUACGCAGAAUCCCGCAAAAAUGAUGAAAAAUGAGGACAAAGAUAUACCCUGAGAAAUACGCACGGUUUCAUGCUCUACACCAACCAGCAAUCAGCACCGGGACAGUUAGCAGCACGGCGCAGUAUCAUCAGGCAAGCGCGGGAAAUGGCAUCGGAAGCCCACGAGUGGUGCCCGAAUGCUGCCCAAUCCACAAACUGAACCCAAGCUGAGCUAGCGAUUAGCGAUUGGUAGAGGAAAAACGACAAGAAUUCAAUACGACAUACGGGAAAAAAUGAUUAUGACUUAUCCUAUUCCUUAUUUGUUCAUACACCAACAACAAAAAUGCGCGCUCUCUCUCUUUCUCUCUCUUGAUCCGUGAUCCGUGUGAUCUUCUUCAACCUUUUUUAGUGCGCAACAAAUCACACAAAAUAGCGAACAACAGCAAAAGAAGGAGAUUUGAGAGCAAUCGAAGAGAAGAGAAAUAAACUAAGACUUGUACAAUUUGAGUAACUAAGCAGCCCGAUGUAAGCAACCCUCGGUUCUUAUUUCUGUGUCUUUAACGCGACCAUCUUUGGCUAUGUGAUCAUAAUAAAAGGAAAAUAUGCGACUCUCUAGCCAAUCUCUACAAUCCUAUUUCCAGUGGCGUGGAAUCGUCCAACCGUCUGCGCUGAGGUUUUUAAGGCUAACCUAUACACUAAUAGUAAGCGUCACACAAUAUGGAAAGCCAUCGAGGUGUAUUAACACGACGCACAAUGGCACAAAUAAUGGGCACACAGUCAGUAAUAGCACUUAUAAUGGUUGUAGGACCCUUGCCAGAGGGUCAGGCGCAUAUCUGUAUCCCGACAUCGACAUUUUUACUCAGUGCGACAGGGUCAUAAAGCAAGCAGUAGAUAACCGCCAGACAAAACUUAAAUCGUCAUCGUUGACCAGUGUAAGGAAAUGCAUUGAUGACGUGCGCCAGCGACAAUGGAGAGCAUCCAACACUUUGAAUAUUGCUUCGGCCCAGAACGAAACUUUUCUGAAGAAUCGAAAAUAAUCUGUAGCGCCCAGGUACAAGCGACCGGUCGCAUAAGAAAUACACUCUCUGACAAAAACUAACUCCAAACGAACGUUGUUGUUCAUAUCGUAACAUAAAACGACCAACCACAGUUUAGAAA